AGCACCAGUCAUUCAUAUUCAUUGGUUGUUGAGAUGUUGAUAUAAAACGAAAGCUAAUACAAACAAGACAUAGAAGAAGAAGCGAACUUGGAUUGGAGUGGUAUUCUAGGAGAGAUGGGAAGCACGAGCUGUGCUUCCAUUUCCAACUUGAACUUCAUUCGGAGUCGCAGCCACAAUUGCUUCCAGCGGCUUGGGCCAAUGAGAAACCAGCUGGGUUCUGUUCGAGUCCACCAUUCGAGGAGGCCAAGACUGGAGCUCAAUGGUUUGCGGAGCCGGAAGAGCUUACGAAACGACGUAGUCUGCUUCGCUGUUGAUGACGAUUUGAGAGAGAAGCAGCAAGAGUUUGGCGCUGGGUCUGGGAUUGGCUCCGCCGUCGAGGAUAGGCCUGCUACUGAUGUGGUUGAUGGCUCAAAAGAAGAGAAUGGAAGUGCUGUUUACAAUUUUCUAUAUCCUAGUCAAGAGCUCCUCCCGGACGAUAAAGAGAUGAGUAUAUUUGAUCAUCUGGAAGAGCUGCGUCAGAGAAUUUUUAUAUCAGUUCUAGCAGUUGGAGUGUCUAUGUUGGGAUGCUUUGCAUAUUCAAAGGAACUUAUAAUAUUUCUCGAAGCUCCUGUUAAAGACCAAGGUGUAAAAUUCCUGCAGCUAGCUCCUGGCGAGUUUUUCUUUACUACCUUAAAGGUAUCAGGAUAUUGUGGCCUUCUCUUGGGGAGCCCCAUCAUUCUGUAUGAGCUUAUAGCCUUUGUUCUUCCAGGAUUAACAAGAGAAGAGCGAAAAUUUCUGGGGCCAAUUGUUUUGGGCUCAUCAGUACUUUUCUACGCUGGUAUCAGCUUCUCCUAUUUUGUUUUGACACCAGCAGCCUUGAAUUUUUUUGUUACAUAUGCGGAAGGUGUUGUGGAAUCGUUGUGGUCAAUUGAUCAAUACUUUGAGUUUGUACUUGUGCUCAUGUUCAGCACAGGCUUGUCUUUCCAGGUUCCGGUUAUACAAUUUCUCCUGGGACAAGUUGGUCUAGUAUCAGGAGAUCAAAUGCUGUCAAUUUGGAGGUAUGUUGUGGUUGGUGCUGUUGUGGCAGCUGCUGUGGUUACACCGUCAACCGAUCCACUCACUCAGGUUCUUCUAGCAGCACCCCUCCUUGGUCUUUACUUUGGGGGUGCCUGGGUUGUUAAGCUUACUGGCCGAUGAACCCAGCUUCUUCGAUGCAUGAAAUUUGUUCGCAGUAUGACGCGUACUCAAGUUUGCAAGGAUCUUGUACAUUUGCAACAUGAUGUAACAUAAAUGUGUUGUCAUAUGGAACGCGGGUGAAUAACCCCAUAUUACUGUACAAGAGGUUUAUACUGCAAGCGUAUAACAGAAACAACCUUUAAUUCAGUUCA